UCCUAAUUGCGUUGACCUAGAAAGCAAACCCUUAAAUAGCUCUCAAACUAUUGGAAGAAAUCCAACAGUUUUAACUCUAGACGUCACAGAGAAACCCUAAACGCGAGCGAAGAUGAACAAGAGACGCAACUCUCUAGCAUUCUCAAGCGACGACGAUGAUGACACUUCUUCAUCGGAAAAAGAAGACCAACCCGAACCUCGUCCUUCCUCCUCAAUCGCCGUCCCAGGCAAAAGAAGACCAACCCGAACCUCCGAUUCAGAUUCUGGAUCUGAAACCAAUACCGAUUCCGAUUCUGACACGGAACAGCCUCGGAAUCAACGAUCUGGGAAAGCUAUCCUCGCCAAGGACAAGUCUACGCCGCCUCUACCGAAAUCAGGAACGAAGCGGCCGAGUGAAGAGACCUCAAGGGAGACGAACUCGAAGCGAGAGAAGAAGGACGAAGAGAAGAAGAUGACUAAAGAUUCAAAGAAGAAGGGUCUUGAGACUGCUGUUAAGUCCAAUGGUAUCUCCAAUGUUGAUGAUAUGAGAGUCUUGGUUCAUGAAUCUGAUUGGUUUGAGAAAUAUUUUCUUGUUCGAGGGAUUGCGGGUUUUUGUGUCGAUGAGCAUUAUGUGAAACAGUGUUGGAGGGGUCUCCCGGUUGAGACCAAGAAGAAAGUUGAAGAGAAGGUUAAGAUGUUGCAGGCUAACGAAAUUGAGUUUGUGUUGCACAAGACUCAGAUUUUACAUGAAGUUACCUCUAUGAUCGUUGGAGCAUCCAAGAACAAGCCAUAAGAAUGAUAUAUUUAAAUGCCAAUGUCUUUUGUUUUUUCAACUUAGGAUUUACUUUUUUUUUUUUGGUUCUUCUAUGUAAACCUUUCUGGUUUGUUUUGAUGGUUUUCUCUCAUUUGAUUACAUAUAAAAACAAACUACUGUCAA